AUGUGGUGGGAUUGGGGUCCCGCUGAUGCCAGCAUCUCCCCCAGGUUCCACCGCGGGGACUACACGGUGGAGGUGAGCAUCAACGACUACCUGGACAUCUACUGCCCCCACUACGAGGAGCCGCUGCCCGAGCGCAUGGAGCGCUACAUCCUCUACAUGGUCAACUACGAGGGCCACGCGUCCUGCGACCACCGGCAGAAGGGCUUCAAGCGCUGGGAGUGCAACAGGCCCAACUCCCCCAACGGGCCCCUCAAGUUCUCCGAGAAGUUCCAGCUCUUCACCCCCUUCUCGCUGGGCUUCGAGUUCAGACCCGGCCACGAGUACUACUACAUCUCCGCCUCCUCCCCGAACACGGUGGACAAAUCCUGCCUGAAGCUGAAGGUCUACGUUCGGCCAACAAACGAUUCCCUCUACGAGUCCCCAGAGCCCAUUUUCACCAGCAACAACUCCUGCUGCAGCCUCAGGGUCCCUCCGGCCGCGCUGGUGGUGGUGCCCGUCGUCUGGACGCUCCUGGCCUCGUAGCACCGACGCCGAGGGGACGGGGAACGGCUCCGCGGGGAAGGAGCAGCCCCGGGGACGGGGGACGGGUCCCGGCCACCCCCCAAAUCCAUCGCCUUCCAGCUGGUGCCCGGGGAGGUGGCCGUGGCGGAGGGUUGGUGCUGCCGGUGAGAAGCCCUCCCAGAUCCUGCCACCUCCUGAAGUCCCUGUCCCCACACGGCCACCCCCGCCGGGGACGUGGGGGGCUGCCCCACGGGACGGAUGCUGCCUGCGCACCCCGAAAGCUGCCGGCCCUGCCCUGCGCCUCGCCGGGCCCCGGCCCUCCCGCUGGGAUGUCGCUUUUUACAUUUCUAGACCAAAUACAGAGUCCUCCUUCGG